CUACCACAAAAGCAGGUACACCCUUGUCCUCAGCUCCCGGCGCAUAUUAGAUCUGAUCGCACCGCCCUGAUCAUCCCGCACAUUCAGUGGGUCCCACAAUCCUACCCCACGUUAUCAAUACUUUAAUACAACGCAAACACAAACACAAAAACAAAAACAGACAAAACCACCUCUCGUUUCUCUUGCUCCCUAUCCAUUGACACACCUUUCAGUCUUCGCCACCCCCAUGGCUCACCGCACCACCCAACGGCGCACGUUAGCAGGCGCAGACUCCAAGGCGUCUUCCAUGGAUCCCACCACCACCUUCCUCAAACGACAACCAAAACCCACAAAACCUUUUCAUCACCCGAACCCUGAUCCCAUAACAUUCCCCUCUUACAAACCCUCCAUGGAAAUUUCCAUUUCCACCUCCAAUCUCUCAAAAUCUCUCAACUCAGACCACAGAAUCCGAAGAUACCAAAAACCCACUUCCCAAAACCGGCCAACCUCCGCCAUAGUAGAUUCCUCCAAGAAGAAGUCUUUAUUGUGUAAAGUGGAAAAGAAGAAGCUUUUCAAAGAAGAAGAAGAAUUGGAAGAAAUUGUUCAAAAGAUGGCUUCUUUGAAGAGUUCUGAAGAAGGGCAGAAGAAGAAGAAGAAGUGUUUUGGUAUUGUUGAGAGAAGAAGGUCCCUCUGUGGGACCCCCCACGUUGAGCUGGCGGAUGUUUUUGCUAGUAAUGGUGUGAAAGUGGUGUCGGUUGAUAUGCCGCCUUUUAUGCAGAUCCACGCCGUGGAGUGUGCCAGAAAGACUCAUGAUAGCUUGGAAAAGUUCACCUCCAAAACACUUGCCUCAACUCUCAAGAAGGAGUUUGAUGGGGUAUAUGGACCAGCAUGGCAUUGUAUUGUCGGGACGAGUUUUGGGUCCUUUGUGACGCAUUCUGUAGGUGGGUUUCUAUACUUCUCAAUGGAUCAAAAGCUGUAUAUCCUCUUGUUUAAAACCACUGUACAAAGAGCAGAUUGAAGUUGUUACAAACAGAUGGAAAGUUACAACAACAAAAAAAAAAAAUUUGAUAGUAUAUUGAGUUCCCAAAAGCUAAAAUCCAUAGUUUUGUCUCCUCAUUUUAGCUUUGUACAUUGGUAAUCCGAAUGAAAAGUAUAAAGGGAUGAUUUUUGUCUCCCCUGCUUCUUUUGGACAUGGACCUUUUGAUAUUCCACUCACUUCAGGGGU